AUGAAUGAAGAUACUAAUAACUCAAUAAUAGAAUACCAAUGUCUUAAUACAAAGUUAGAAGCAGGAUACCAACAUCUCAAUAUGAAGGUUGGUCUUUCUUUGCAGCCCUCACUGACAUGA